AUGACAGUGGCCACCGGAGACCCAGCAGACGAGGCUGCUGCCCUCCCUGGGCACCCACAGGACACCUAUGACCCAGAGGCAGACCACGAGUGCUGCGAGAGGGUGGUGAUCAACAUCUCAGGGCUGCGGUUUGAGACCCAGCUAAAGACCUUAGCCCAGUUUCCAGAGACCCUCUUAGGGGACCCAAAGAAGCGAAUGAGGUACUUCGACCCCCUCCGAAAUGAGUACUUUUUCGAUCGAAACCGGCCUAGCUUUGAUGCCAUUUUGUACUACUAUCAGUCUGGGGGCCGGUUGAGGAGACCUGUGAAUGUGCCCUUAGAUAUAUUCUCUGAAGAAAUUCGGUUUUAUGAGCUGGGAGAAGAAGCAAUGGAGAUGUUUCGGGAAGAUGAAGGCUACAUCAAGGAGGAAGAGCGUCCUCUGCCCGAAAAUGAGUUUCAGAGACAGGUGUGGCUUCUCUUUGAAUACCCAGAGAGCUCAGGGCCUGCCAGGAUUAUAGCUAUUGUAUCUGUCAUGGUGAUCCUGAUCUCAAUUGUCAGCUUCUGUCUGGAAACGUUGCCCAUCUUCCGGGAUGAGAAUGAAGACAUGCAUGGUGGUGGGGUGACCUUCCACACCUAUUCCAACAGCACCAUCGGGUACCAGCAGUCCACUUCCUUCACCGACCCCUUUUUCAUUGUAGAGACUCUCUGCAUCAUCUGGUUCUCCUUUGAAUUCUUGGUGAGGUUCUUUGCCUGUCCCAGCAAAGCUGGCUUCUUCACCAACAUCAUGAACAUCAUUGACAUUGUGGCCAUCAUCCCCUACUUCAUCACCCUGGGGACAGAGCUGGCUGAGAAGCCAGAAGAUGCUCAGCAGGGCCAGCAGGCCAUGUCACUGGCCAUCCUCCGUGUCAUCCGGUUGGUAAGAGUCUUUAGGAUUUUCAAGUUGUCCAGACACUCCAAGGGUCUCCAGAUUCUAGGUCAGACCCUCAAAGCCAGCAUGAGAGAAUUGGGCCUCCUGAUAUUCUUCCUCUUCAUCGGGGUCAUCCUUUUCUCUAGUGCUGUCUAUUUUGCAGAGGCUGAUGAGCGAGAGUCCCAGUUCCCCAGCAUCCCGGAUGCCUUCUGGUGGGCAGUCGUCUCCAUGACAACUGUAGGCUAUGGAGACAUGGUUCCGACUACCAUUGGGGGAAAGAUAGUGGGUUCCCUGUGUGCAAUUGCAGGUGUGUUAACCAUUGCCUUACCGGUCCCUGUCAUUGUAUCCAAUUUCAACUACUUCUACCACCGGGAGACAGAGGGAGAGGAGCAGGCCCAGUACUUGCAAGUGACAAGCUGUCCAAAGAUCCCAUCCUCCCCUGACCUAAAGAAAAGUAGAAGUGCCUCUACCAUUAGUAAGUCUGAUUACAUGGAGAUCCAGGAGGGGGUAAACAACAGUAAUGAGGACUUUAGAGAGGAAAACUUGAAAACAGCUAACUGUACCUUGGCUAACACAAACUAUGUGAAUAUUACCAAAAUGUUAACUGAUGUCUGA